CUGAAAGAUAUGCCGCAUUUCAUCUUCGCGAAGAUCGAAGGCGCCGAUUUCAUCACUUUCCACCUGUUUUUCCCACACUUGCCAUGCCACCGCGACUUCUAUCGGUUAACUGACGAGCAGCUCUCGCGGUGGUUUGAUGAUAUCUUCUAUCCCGCUGUCCGUCAAGUUUAUGAUGUUGAUCGGCUCCAGCACUUGCCGGCAAGUUAUCGUCACGCAUUAGCUACCUGCCGUGCUCCCCAGGUGGAGUAUCGCCUGCUUGAGACUCCUAGUUAUCGAACCCAACUACGGAUGUCCUAUUUCCUGCCACCUCAAGGCUUGCAGCAACUGUAG